GUAUCAUACAAUCACCCAAACGAAUUCUAUCCGUUUCGAGGAAAUAUUUCCCUCCAUCUUCACACGCAGUCACCAUUGGGAGUCACUGAGGAGAAGACGAUGCAAUCCAUCCCAACAACUCAUACUUUCCUCUUCCCUUCUUUUAAACCAACUAAAACCCUAGUUAAACCCUCCAAGCUUGAGUACCCUAUCUGCAGACCGCAUCUCUCAUGGCGCAUUCGAUUUCUCAUAGGAACUCGACCGUUUUCGCGCAACUUCAGCGCCAAGUCCUUCAGUUCCGACGAAUUCCCUGUCGACGACACGUUCUUAGAGAACUACCGCCCAAAGGAGAAAGAAACGGAAGAGGAAGCUCGUCGACGUAAUUGGAUUGAACGAGGUUGGGCUCCAUGGGAAGAAAUCCUUUCACCAGAAGCCGAUUUCGCACGCAAGAGCUUGAACGAAGGGGAAGAGGUUCCGCUUCAGUCGCCUGAAGCAAUUGAAGCUUUCAAAAUGUUGAACCCUAAAUACAGGAAGAAGAAAAUGGAGGAGAGUGGAUUGACGGAAGAUGAGUACCUCGCAAAACAAUUCGAGAUAAAAGGAGAGAUUCCUGAGCCCUUGCAGACAACUUGGGAUGGACCCUUAGUCCUUCGCCAGAUUCCACCGCGGGAUUGGCCGCCGAGAGGCUGGAAAGUUGAUGAGAAGGAGCUCCAGUUUAUACGAGAAGCGCAUAAGUUGCAGGCAGUGAGAAUUCACUUGGAUGAAUUGGAAUCGCCGAGGAGGGAUGUUGAUAACAUGUGCUUGGAAAGGUAUAAGGUGUUUCUUAAGCAGUAUAAGGAGUGGGUUGCGGCAAACAAAGAUGCUUUGGAGGAGGAGUCUUAUAAGCAUGACCAAGAUUAUCAUCCUGGUAGGAGGAAGCGAGGCAAGGAUUACAAAGAAGAUAUGCUCGAACUUCCGUUUUUUUAUCCAGGGCAGAUUUGUGCAGGAAAAGUGACCACCCUCCACCUUUACCAAGGAGCAUUUGUUGAUAUUGGGGGAGUAUAUGAUGGGUGGGUACCAAUAAAAGGCAAUGAUUGGUAUUGGAUCCGUCAUCACAUAAAAGUUGGCAUGAAUGUCAUUGUUGAAAUUCUGGCUAAACGAGAUCCAUACCGGUUUCGUUUUCCCAUUGAAAUGCGUUUCGUCAAUCCUAAUAUAGAUCACCUCAUCUUCAACAGAUUUGAGUUUCCACCAAUAUUUCAUCGUGAUGAAGAUACUAAUCCAGAUGAAUUACGUCGGGAUUGUGGAAGGCCACCAAUUCCAAGAAAAGGACCAGGAGUCAAAUUUGAAGAGCAGCCCCUACUGUCAAAUCAUCCAUAUGUUGAUAAGCUGUGGCAGUUGCAUGUUGCUGAACAAAUGAUUCUGGAUGAUGAGGAAGCUAAUCCUGAUAAAUAUAAAGACGGAAAAUUUGCUGAAUCAACUAAGAACAGUGACUUCAAUGAAGAAGAUUGUGUUGAAUAUACCCAAGCUUAUUAUAAGAAGACAUUGCUCCCAAAGAUGAUUCUGAAAACAAAUAUUCAAGAACUUGAUUUGGAUGCAGCUCGUGCUGAGCGCCAACUCAACAACAAACUGAAAAGGGAAGCACAGGAGAGAGGAGAGGAAUAUAAGGUAACCAAGUUGAGACGAAAUAUUGAAAUGGAUGAAUAUGACUUAAUCCAUUGGCGCCGAUCAUUUGAGGAAAGAGAAGCCUUGCUGAGAGAUAUUAGCUGCCGUCAAGCUCUUGGCCUCCCAUUGGAAGAGCCAGGGAGAUAUGUUGAUGACAGUUAUUUUGGAAAGGAUCAGUAUGACCCUUCAAACCCUUUAUACCGUUAUGAUUAUUGGGGAGAACCCAAAAACUCAGAAAAGAGCAAGCAGGAGCGGAUGACUGAUGCCCAUAACAAAUCUAUUGUGGGCAAGGGCACCGUCUGGUAUGAAAUGUCUUAUGAAGAUGCCAUCAAGCAGCGGAUGCAAAGAGAAGCUCAUUCGAAAGGAAUGGGCCACAAAGUGGCUGAAGAUCAAGACACAGAUAGCGACAUGGAUGCCAAUGAAGACGAUGAUGAUGACUUUGAUUACAGCAUUCUAGGUGAAUCUAGUGUAAAUUUAUCAACUCAGCCUCUUGUUAAUGGAACUGAAUCUUCUAGACUUUUAGAUGAAGGUAUGUUCGAAAAUUAGCUUAAGUACAUAUAGUCUUGGUGUGCAAGUUGUUCUGUGUACAGCAAAUUUAAUCUUGUUACAGACUGGAACAAACGAGCAUUUUGUUUUCUCCA